AGGCGGAAUCCUUCCUCUCAGGUGAGUCUGGAGUUACCUGAUGCUGCUGGUGAUUGGUGCAUCCCUGACACCAACAGCUUUAUUCUUUGCAUCUGAAGACCACAAAAAGGCACUGGGGUGCGCUUGAAAUAUUCGAGUUAAAGGGUGGAUCACUCGAGUGUUGUCACUUACUGUUGGGGGAGUAACAGCUGGCAUUGGGAACGCACGAGUAUGCGGUGUGUCGGGAUUGCGUAAAUGCGCACUGGUGAGUGAGGGGAGGAGAGGAUGCAGGGUGGAGGGAAAGACCAGUCAGUGGAAAGAAGGGCGAAAGUGACUGUUGUUUCCGCUGGAUUCUCACACUGAACAGGUUCACAACAAACAGGAGCGGAAAUUCCACCGCUGCUAACGUGACGUGUGCCAUACAGCCAUACCUGCAGCCCAUCCACCGGACAGAAAGGUUCAGACCAGCAAGACGACACUCACCCUCUACAGAAGUCCCUGUGCCUGACAGCGAGUAAUGGAAGGAGCCUCAGAUGAAUUAUUUUCAAACUGAGGGAAUAAAAUCUUUAUUGUAAUGCAGGGAAGCCUUGGAGUCCUGAUACUCCCAUAGAGUUCAAUUUAAAGACUUUGCUUCAUUUAUUAGGGGAUUUUUUCCCCGCGGUAGGAUCCAUCACCAGGGUUCAAAUAUAACUGUGCUGCUGAAGCCGUCUGCGACUGGUCGCCUUGAAUAAUUGUCUUUUGUUUCAAAGAUAUAAAAUUCAUUGCCGCAAAGGCUUUCUCUUGGAAUAUCAGGGCACUACUGAAGACAGUGCCAUCUCUCCAAUCCUUUUUUUAAACUCCUCCACUCUGGACUUGGUUGAAGUUUUUUCAGGAUUAAGUAUUAAACCCUUGGACAUAGUCUUCAAGCAUCAGCAUUUUUUUUCACCAGGAAUAUAGUCAAGAUUAAACUUUAACAAAUAAGCGUCCCAGGAGGAUGCAGUGAAUGCAAGAAGAGGGCAAGAAAGAGAGGAAUAGAGGAGGAUGAAAAGCAGAUGGCUUUACCGCACCAACACCAACAACAGGAUGAAUAAAACAUCAGAAUAGAGAGGGAGUCGUGACAUCUGACACAAGGUGUGAGCUGGAUUUUCUCUUUCCCUUCGUUUUUUUUUUUUACCUUUUCUGUCAAUUCUUACAAUCCCUUUCACCCCUUUUCUCUUCACCCCUUCCUUUAAUUUUUUUUUUCUUGUUUCUUUCCCCUUGUGGAUUCAGGGGCUUCAGGUGGUCACUCACACAGACAGAAACAAGCUUGUGCUUCUGCUUGUUUCUCCUGCUCUGGCUCAGUGCUGUUCCACCUUUGUGUGCCCCCUCAACCAACUCUCUCCCACUUCCUCUCCUCCUUCCCUGGCCGCCGUGUGUGAUGGUGCGUCCCCUCCUCUCGGUACUGGAGACAUGCCUGUGCAGGAAAUGGCGGUGAGUCCUGUAAAGUCCCUGUACUGGGAGCAGUUCCCCCCCAUGUCGCAGCGCCGUGUCUACUGCACUCCAGUCUACCACGAGGGCCUGCUCUACGUGAUGGGGGGCUGCAGUGAGACCGGCAUGCCCCUGGACAGUGUGGAGGUCCUGGAUGUGGAGAGCCAGACGUGGAGCCAGCUGCCGCCGCUGCCCACCGCAAGGGCGGGGACCUCAGCUGUGGCGCUGGGGGGCCAGGUGAUGGUGCUCGGUGGAAUGAAUCAGCAGCAGACUCCGCUGGCUUCUGUGGAGAUUUAUCAUCCUGAUGAGGGCAAAUGGGAGAAAAAGGCCAGCCUGGGUCAGCCAUGCAUGGGAGUCACUGCUUUGGAGAAAGGUAAGAAAGAGUUCUGCUUUCCAUACUAA